AUGUUCAGAAUGGCUGUUAAGAGUUUGUUGCUUGGUGUCGCUACUACAACACUUCUUGCUGGAUGUGUUGGAGCUGUUAGGAAUGGACUUGCUAUUACGCCACAAAUGGGCUGGGAUAACUGGAACGCCCUCGGUUGCGAUGUUUCCGAAGACCUGCUCGUCGAAACAGCAAACUUAAUCGUAGAUUACGGCCUCAAAGACCUAGGCUAUCACUACGUCGUCCUGGAUGACUGCUGGAGCGUCGGCCGCAACGCCUCCAACAACAACAGUCUCAUUGCGGAUCCUGAGAAAUUCCCUCGCGGUAUGGCGGCAGUAGCUGAUGACAUCCAUCAGCUUGGCCUAGGUUUCGGCAUGUAUUCUUCGGCGGGAUUGUAUACCUGUGGAGGGUAUGCUGGAAGUCUUGGCUAUGAGGAGGUUGAUGCGAAGACGUGGGCGGAGUGGGGUGUGGAUUAUCUGAAGUAUGACAAUUGCUAUAAUGAGGGCCAGGCUGGGGAUCAGAAGAUUUCGGAAGCGAGAUAUGCGACUAUGGCGAGGGCUUUGAAUGCGACUGGUCGACCGAUUUUGUACUCUUUGUGCAACUGGGGAGAAGAUUAUCCUUGGAAUUGGGGAUCUACCAUUGCCAAUAGUUGGAGAAUCACGGGAGAUGUCUUCGAUUAUUGGGAUACUUAUGACGCGAGAUGUCCUUGCGAGGGAGCCGAUUCAUGGGAUUGCAGCCUUCCCGGCUUCCAUUGCUCCAUCACUAAUAUCAUGAAUAAAGCAGCGUUCGUAGUAUCAAAGUCCCAGCCAGGCGGAUGGAACGAUCUUGAUAUGUUGGAAGUUGGAAAUGGAGCCAUGACAGAUACUGAAUAUGUGGCCCAUUUCAGCAUGUGGUCUGCUGUCAAGAGUCCUCUCAUCAUGGGAAACGAUAUCCGGACCAUCGCACCCUCAGAUCUAUCAAUCCUGUCCAACGCAGCAGUCAUAGCAGUAAACCAAGACCCGCUUGGCUCAUCCGCCUCACGCCGCUGGAUGCGCGUCCCAGGCAGCCGAGACCCCUAUUCGGGCCCAGCACUUCAGCUCUGGUCUGGAGGUCUCAAAUCUACGACCGGAGGUGACCAUAACGACAUGCUUGUUCUCAUGAUCAACGGUCUCGACGAGACAACAACUAUGAACGCCUCACUCGCCGAUAUCUUCGCCGACAGCGGACCGAACGGCAAAGCGCCUCAGAUUCAGAUGAGCUGGGAAGUGCGCGAUUUAUGGGCCAAUAGAAUGAGUAAUGAUACGGCUAUGGGUAUAAUUUCUGCGUCGAAUGCGACGGGUAAUGCGACGACGGGGUGGAAUGCUACGACGUUUGGGGGUGAAAGUAGGUAUAAUGCUACGGCGAAGAGUUAUACGCAGGGUUUGGCGGAUCAGGAUGAGUUGUUGCUGGGGAAUGUGACCAUGACUGUGCAGGCUGGGGGGAUGAUCAGUGCGAGGGUGGAGGCGCAUGGGGUGAAGAUGUAUAGGUUGAGGUAUGCUGGUGGUGGGGGAAAGAGGAAGAGGGAUGAAUUGUAA